AGGAUAAAUUCGGUCGCAAUGCGACUUGCACGAUACAUUUCGUGUUUCUUCUUCAGUUAACUACAUUUGAGCUACUCUCCUCUGUAAUUCAUUGAUUUUUUUCUACAUACUGUCGCAAAAUAUUUGGUACAUCAUGGUACAUAUACCAAGUGCUUAUACUUACAAUUUUUGGGCAAUAUCACCCACAGAAGUUGUUGAACUGACAUGUUUAAUGCCAAAUGGGGUCGUUAUACCCUUUGAGACUAAUCGCAAUAUCACCUUGGCUGAAAUUAAGGAGGAUCUCUGGGAUGAAGCCAGCAAGUAUCCUCUUCAUGGUACGUUAAAAGAUGCUCCGUCCUAUGUAUUUUCAUGUGUCAACUCCAAUGCAGAAUCUGAAGAAUUACGAGAUGAAACGAGGCGUUUGUGUGACAUAAAACCAUUUUUUUCUGUGCUCAAAGUCAUAGAACGUGAAGGUGUUAAAAGUGAUAGAAAUUUAGAUUCUCAAAUUGGUCUCCUAAUUGGUAAAGGAUUACAUGAGUUUGCAGCAUUAAGGAAUUCUGAGGUAAAUGACUUCAGAUGGAAGAUGCGAGUUUUAGGAGAUGAAGUUGCAAUGGAAAGGCAAAAGAAAUCUUGGAUGGAAAAAGUACGUUACCAGUUUCCUACGCGAUUAGCUCCAACUGCCACAAUACCAAAAAAUAUUGAAUGUCGAUUAAAAGAUGGGAAUAUAGUUCUUGUUACUAGAUUUGAAAAUACAGAGACAGCUUUUACGUUCCAAAUGUCACACACUACAACGCCAUAUCAAUUACUAGUAUCUAUUUUAAAUAAACGAGCAAACACUUUAAUGUCGAGAGGACACCCAAACGACUUUACCCUGAAGGUUUGCGGACAAGAAGAAUAUCUGAUAGGGGAUUAUCCUUUAAUACAAUUUAGCUAUAUUCAAGAUUGUCUAGCGAAAGACAUUAUUCCAACGUUGGUCACAUUAAGCAGAGAUAGCGUCUCUGUCGAUCAGGAGAACACCAUAGAGAACGCAGAAGCAGACGCUUUGCAGCGUACAAGACCUUCCUUUUCCACGCUUACUCUACGCAAAAAGGGUAAACAUAUAUCCGCUUGGAAAAUAGAGGAACCGUUCGUUUUUACUGUGAAUGGGAUAUCACGAUUAAACUGCGAUGCCGCCCAUCGCACCGUCGAGAUUGGUCUUCAAGCUGGUCUUUUUCACGGUGGAAAGUCUCUGUGUGAAAGUCAAAAGACGAAGGAAACGGUUGUUAGUUCUGAUGGUAGUUGUGAAUGGGAAGAAACUUUAAGAUUCGAUAUAAAAGUGCGGGAUAUACCGCGAAUGGCCAGGCUGUGUUUUGUUCUAUACGAAAUUAGUAAGACUGCGAAAGGACUAAAGAGUCGUAGAUUAGUUAAAGAUACUAAACAGGAGUUUUUUAUAAAUCCGUUAUGCUGGGCCAAUACAACCAUAUACGACUUUAAGUCUCAAUUAAAAACAGGAGCGAUGACUCUUUAUACAUGGACUUAUGCCGAGGAUAUGCAAAAUGACGAUUUGCUGCAUCCUCUUGGCACGGUGGUGUCAAAUCCUCACAAUGACGGAGCGGCUGCUUUAAUGUUGACGUUUCCCAAUUAUGGGAAAGAUAAGUCUGUUCUUUAUCCAACGCCGGAGAAAAUGGUGGAGCACGCGAGGAAAUUGCGGGAAUCCUCCGCCGAACGUUCGAUUCAAGAAGAGCCCGAGCAAGAAUCUGAUGUUAGUAAGCUUCAGCAACUUGAGCAGCUUCGAUUAUUAGCGGACAGAGAUCCUUUGCACGAGCUUCACGAGCAAGAACGAAAGAUAAUGUGGACGUUAAGGCAUCACUGUCUUCUCGAGAUUCCUACGCUUUUGGCGAAAUUGUUGCACUGCGUGGAAUGGAAUGAUCAUAGGGAAGUAGCUGAAGCUACAGCGCUGGUGCAACAGUGGCCGAAAUUACCCGUCGAAAAGGCACUUGAAUUGUUGGAUUAUGCUUACGCCGAUCAAAACGUUCGAAGUUUUGCCGUGCGUUGUUUAAUGGACGUCAGCGAUGAAGAUUUGAGCCUUUAUCUAUUGCAGUUGGUACAAGCAUUGAAGCACGAAAAUUAUUUAUCCUGCGAUUUGACGGAGUUCCUAUUGAGGCGUGCUCUGAACAAUCGAAGAAUCGGUCACUUUUUGUUUUGGCAUUUGAGAUCAGAAAUGCAAGUGGGUGCUGUGUCGGUUCGCUUCGGCUUGAUAUUAGAAGCGUAUUGUAGGGGAAGCCAGCAACACAUGCGGUCCUUAUUUAAACAAAUGGAAUGCUUGGGUAAACUAAAAUGUGCUUCCGAACAAAUAAAACAGCGAAAAGAUCGUAAAGCUGCAUUGCAAGGUUUUCAAGAAUUUAUCCAAGAGCCGCACUGCCAAGAAGCGUUAUCGAACGUUUUAAAUCCGUUGGAUCCGAGCUUUCGAUGGAAACGCAUUAAAAUCGAGAAAUGUAGAGUAAUGGACAGUAAAAUGCGACCGCUUUGGCUCGUUUUCGAAAAUGCUGAUACCUUCGGUGAUGAUAUUUACUUAAUACUGAAACACGGAGAUGAUUUGAGGCAAGACAUGCUGACGCUACAGAUGCUACGAAUCAUGGAUAAACUGUGGAAGAGGGAAGGUCUGGAUUUACGUAUGAAUCCUUACGGUUGCAUAUCGACGGAGAAUCGAGUCGGUAUGAUCGAAGUGGUUCUAAACGCGGAAACUAUAGCAAAUAUACAGAAAGAAAAAGGCACAUUUUCAGCAACAGCUGCUUUCAGACGCGGUUCUUUGCUGGCUUGGCUGAAAGAUCAUAAUCAUACGGAGGCAGCGUUAAACAGAGCUAUCGAGGAAUUCACGUUAAGUUGCGCGGGUUACUGCGUGGCUACAUACGUUCUCGGAAUUGCUGAUAGACAUUCGGAUAAUAUUAUGGUUAAGAAAACCGGUCAGCUAUUUCACGUUGAUUUUGGUCACAUACUUGGUCAUUUUAAGGAAAAAUUUGGAUUCAGACGUGAACGCGUGCCGUUCGUGUUGACCAAUGAUUUUGUCCAUGUAAUAAACAAAGGACAAACGAAGAAAGGUCAAGCGGUUGAAUUCCAACGAUUUCAGAGUCAUUGCGAACAAGCGUUUCUCGUUCUACGACAACACGGAGGUCUAAUAUUAUCUUUGUUCGCUAUGAUGAUAUCAACGGGAUUACCUGAAUUGUCAUCGGAAAAAGAUCUCAACUAUUUAAGAGACACCUUGGUACUGGAGAUGUCUGAAAGCGAGGCACAAAAGCAUUUCAGGAGUAAAUUUGAUGAAGCUCUUUGUAAUUCGUGGAAAACUUCGUUGAAUUGGGCUUCUCACAAUAUGUCGAAAAACAAUAAAACAACAUGAAUAGUAGGUAUGGUCUGAUCAAACGUACGAAAGGAAUGCGAAGGCAGAACAGAUUUAUAUAGGCGAGCACACACACAGAUAAGGCUAGAAUGGGAAUAGAAUGGGUGAUGAACGAAUUCCCACGUAUGUGGGGUAGGUGGGGGCAUCGUUGUUACAUUGAAACGCGCAAAACUGGAAUUGAUUGAAGGAGAGUUUCGUCGGAAAAUGCAUGCGGAAAGGAGAAUGAUGUAUCAUUGUUGAUUACCAACAACUAUUGUGCUCGUUGCUGCUGCGUUGUGUGUACGACAGCGUAACACGUGUACGCGCAUGCGUGCACACCAAUAACCUCUCCUCUCUGUCCUAUCGUCCUCUCUUCCAGACAAGCAGCACGCAAUCACUCAGGUGCGUGUGUGUGCGCAUGCGCGCGAGCGAGCGGGUAAGCGAAUUAGGUAGCGAGCGAGCGAGCGAGCGAACAAUUGUUUAUUCAUUCGUGCACCACCUCACCUUCCCCCUUGCCUCUCUGUCACUUUUAACAGGUGGAUGAAAAAUAGAAGCGAAAUACGUAUAUAGUACAUAUCAUUGGUUGACAUUGCGAACGCGGAGUCUCAGACAGAAAGAAGAUACGCGGAUGUUAGAAAUGUUUCGCGAUAUCCCGCUCGUCGCACUAGAUUCUCGCAGUAUCUCAUGGCUAUGUCCUUUUACUAGUACACUUCCAACUUUUCGAAUUGGAAUAAGGAGCGUUCGAACGGUUGGGAGGAAAACACCUCGGAA